GUCCUCCGAUAUCUCUGUGGCCAUCCAAAUCCAAAUUCUGUGGGUAGAUGAUAGAUAGUUUCCACUGUGAGACCAUUUCUUCGGCGAGGUGAAAAAUUGUACUUUGUUUCUUGGCCAAGAAAGAAGAGACUAGUGUUUGAUGCUUUGACGUCCGAGGCCCGGCAAUCCAAAUCCCCCCUCCCCCUUCUCCGCCUUUUGCGGAGAAAGAGAAACCUGAAUUUUUCUACUUCAAAUUAAAAAUGGGUCAAACACAUUUUUAAUUUAUUUUCUUCUAUAAAUCACCAUUACAGCCCAACCCCCCUCCCUCUCUCUCUCUCUUCUCAUUGUAUUAGCUUUUGUUCACCAAACAUAUUUGCCUUUUCUCAUACCAAACUUCUCUCUUUUUUUCUAUUAGUAAUGCAAUCAAUUUGAACUCACCAGCCACCCAUCAUCUCCUCUGUUUUCUUGCUUUUUUUUUUUUUUUUUCUCUUUCUGUGUGGUUGUUUCACUUGGAUUGUAAGAAUUCUUCCAACUUUUUUAGAGUCUAUGUGCUAAAUCUUCAACUGGGUUGUUGUUUUUAAUCUCAAAUUUUAGGAUUCUAAUUGAUUAUGGAGGGUGAGUUCUUUCUUAAUGCACGAAUCCCUCCACCGCCAUUGCAGUUUGAGCCAGCUUCAACCUCUGCAAUGCCCACUUGGCAUUCACUCUCUUCGGCCAUGGAAUUGCAAGAGCAAUCACCUGAUUGCUUCUUCACUCCCAACUGCGUAAAGUCAACGGAUCAAUGUCUCCAUUUUGACUCUGCUCUGAGUUCAAUGGUGUCCUCGCCAGCAGCAUCCAAUUCUAACAUUUCCGGCGAAAGCUUUAUGAUCAGGGAACUCAUUGGAAAAUUAGGAAGUAUCAACAACAACAACUCUGGCGAGAUCUCCCCGCAUUCUCGGCCAAUGUUGCCGGCUUCAUACAUUACCCCUGGAAACAACAGCACCAACACUUCCUGUUAUAGUACUCCUCUGAAUUCACCGCCGAAGCUUGAUUUGCCUCCACUAGAUCAAUUUUCCAGGGAAAAUUUGAAUUUUCCCAGUUUGGGGACACCUCUGGGUUUGAAUUCUAGUGUCGCAGAGUUCACAGCUGAUCCUGGAUUCGCUGAGAGAGCUGCAAAGUUCUCUUGCUUCGGCAGCCGAAGUUUCAAUGGUAGAAGCGGACAGUUGGGGCUAAACAACGCAGAAUUUGCAUAUAAAUGCAAUCCAUUAAUGGGAAACGGGAAGCUGCCUCGGGUUUCCAGCAGUCCUUCUCUCAAGAUAAUUGGAUCUCAAAAAGUUAACAAGAGUUGUUCUCCAUUGCAAGAUCGAUCCGAAUUGGCCAAUUCUUCUCAAGAAUCCUCUGUUUCUGAACAAACCCAAAAUGGGGAAGCUGCUUUGAAGGCCACAAGUGAAUUGAAUUCCAAGAAAAGGAAAGCAGUUUACAAGGGAAAAUCAAAAGAAUCCAAUUGCGGAGCUAAGGAUGCAGAAACUGAUGAUAAUUCAAACACAAAGAGAAUCAAGCCAAAUGAAGGGAAUGGAAAUGAAAAAUCUGCUGUUAAAGCAGAGGAAGAGCAGAAGGAUGGAGAUGAGAAACAAGCCAAGAACAACAACUCAAAGCCUCCUGAACCUCCUAAGGACUACAUUCAUGUCAGAGCAAGAAGAGGCCAAGCCACAGACAGUCACAGCUUAGCUGAAAGAGUUCGAAGAGAGAAAAUCAGUGAAAGAAUGAAGCUUCUCCAAGAUCUUGUACCAGGUUGCAAUAAGGUUACAGGCAAGGCUCUCAUGCUUGAUGAAAUUAUAAACUAUGUGCAGUUAUUGCAACGCCAAGUUGAGUUUCUCUCCAUGAAGCUGUCUUCUGUGAACACCAGGCUGGAUUUCAACAUGGAUACUCUCAUUUCAAAAGAUAUAUUUCAAUCAACCAACCAAUUGCUACAUCCAAUGUUCCCAUUAGAUUCGUCGGCGUCAGCCAUUUUUGGGCAGCAACACCAGCAAAAUCCACCACUACAUAGCAAUAUUUCUAAUGGGACAGUGACCCAAUGCUCAACUCGCCCAUUAGAUACUGGACUGUGCCAAAGCUUCAAUAUGCAGUUACCCCCACUUGAAGGAUUUAACCAUAAUGCUCCUCAGUAUCCAAUUUUCUGUGAGGGUGAUCUCCAAACCAUUGUUCAGAUGGGUUUCGGCCAGAAUCUGAACCGGGAAUCAAUGUUGCAGGCACACAACUUUACCGGUCAAAAUCAAGUAGCCCAGAUGAAACCUGAGCUUUAAUUACCAUUGUUGGCUCAGAAAUUGAAGGACCAGAUGGAGAGAAAAAGGCUGCUGUAUAUAUUAAGAAAUUUAUUCUGGACCAGCUAAGGAACUUACUCAUUUAUCAAUUAGGUUGAUGAAUCAGAUUUUUUUUUGUCAAGGAUUUAAUUUUUUAUUUUUAUUUUUAUUUUCCUUGUGUAAAAUCCUAGAGGUGCCAAGUAUUGUAGCAGGGCACCACAUGUAAGAUAUAAUGCUUAAUUAAAUGAAGAAUUUUUCUAUUAA